CCCCGAGUACGAGAGCUGGGUGGAGUCCAGGAACGGCCGGCUGCGAAUCCUCCGACGACCACAAGAUCCUCCAGCUACCAGGAUCUAUCUUCCACCUGGGUAUGUGAUCCAAGGUGUUCGCGAAGCAGAAGACUCGUUCAGCCACACCUCGGUCCAAGAACAAGGUAUACCCUCAUUCCCUUGCGAUUUCAAUGGAGAGUGACGUGCGAGACAUAGACACCCGAGCCGCGUCUUACCCUGCUGAAAUAAAGACCAAAGCCCGGAUCGCAUUGACCAAUAAUCCGCAGCCAAUGGAACGCCAUCAGGUGGUUGCGCCACAAUGCCAAGCAGACUAUAACCCUCGAGCGCCGCAAAUUCUGACCCUCGAGAGACUGCCUAGUGGGCUAUAUAAAUUGCGCAAGUCCUCACAUUCCACAAACGCGAGCAUUGGAGAGGACCGAGCUCAUCGGACCAAAAGCACCCCCACAGCGCUGCCUUCUAGUCGGGGUCCAGGCACCUGGGAAAUGGACCCCAAGGAUGGGGAUAUUGUCGUGAGCAGUUCAUCACAUCGCAGACAGCCGAGCAGCAGGAAGAGCAGCAAUGGAGCUGGGCGCGGUACUCCUGUGCAAUCUCCAUGCAGAGUCCAUUCCUGUGGAACUGGACCCUACGACAAUGUCCAAGACAACGCCAGUUUGAACCGUAAGGCGUCAAGUUGGUUGUUGCAGGAUGAUGAAUACUGGUGACAAGAAAUCUGUUACCAGAAUCAUCGUCUGCACCUGCCCUGGCGAAAGCCUCCACCAGAUCGUCAAUAUGUCGUGAGUAUCCGAGUAUUUCGUGGAAAAAAAAACGCCGAGUUGACGAAGUCUCGAUGAAUUUUCAUGCAAUGUAUGAUUUGAUGAUUGACCUUGUCGUGUUUUUAUUUAUUGUGCUUGCGUUUCUUCUGUUUCUUCUC